AUGCGCAUCCUUUUCGUAUAUUCAUGUGCGCUCCUUGCUUUGUCCGCCAACGCGGCACCCAAUUUCGGUUAUAACUAUGAGCGCAACACUAAUACCAACACCAACACAAACACAAACGGCAACAGCAACAGUAUUCGCACGAAGGAUAGCCGCAGCGAAAGUUUCUUUAAUCCUGCACCCAGCAGCAAUUCACUCCUCUUGCCGCAACAUCAAACACUUCGCCAACAGCAGCAACAACAACAACAAAAAGUGGACGAGCACUCAUAUAGCGGUGACAAGUACCUGCCUGCUGCCCAACCCACUGCAGAGCCGAUCAUCACAAAGCAAUUCUUUCUAGUCUCUGCACCAGAAGAGUCUGAAGAGCAAACGCGCACUAAACAUUUUGUUAUUGGACGUCCACAAAAGAAUUAUCGCGUAGUGUUCAUUAAGGCACCUGCACCGGAAAAUGCUAACCUCAAGUUGACUGCCGAAUAUGCGCCGCAAGAGGAGAAGACUGUCAUUUAUGUAUUGAGUAAGAAGGAUAAUGAGGUGAAUAUUGGCGAGAUUGGCACACCAACACCAACACAGCCAACCAAACCGGAGGUGUUCUUCAUCAAGUACAAGACACAGGAGGAGGCAGCGGCUGCGCAGAAGGAAAUUCAAGAGCAAUAUGACAGCCUGGGUGGCACCUCGGAAUUCUCGGAUGAAGGUGUUGUGCCAGUUAAAUCCGUUGUGGGUUCUCUCGAUGGAUUGGCCGCCAAUGGCGGCUAUGACUACCGCAAAGUGCAGAAUGGUGGUGAUUCACCAAUUAAAAACUUCCUGCAACCGGCGCGCUUCUAUUUCUAA